AUGGGAGCUGGAGAUCACUUCUUGCCAUCGGCAAUUCCAAGUCUUGAGAAGAAUGUUAUGAUUAUCUGUGGAAUCCUCGACUUCUUCUUGUUCGGUAUUGGAACUAUCAUUCUUGGUGUCUUGGAUAACUGCAAUGUUUGGUGUGUCUUGAUUGGAGUCCUUCAGUUGUGUCUUCCAUUCGUUGGCUGGCUCUGGUCCAUUAUCUGGGGAGUUAUUAUCCUUCUCAAGGGUCUAGACAAGUGGUAA